AUGAAAAAUAACGAACAAACCUUUCGCAGAUCCCGUUACCAGAAAAUGGGUUCUCGUUUUCUCGCCCUCCCUACAGAGGUACGCCUCAUGAUCUAUGACUAUCUUCGACCUACACACACAAAACACCAUCGUCUUCAUGCCCCCCAUGAAGAUAUGCAAGACACUGAAAAUGCCAACGAGAUCGAUAAAGAGGAUGCCUCGCAAACCGUGGCGCCCACCAAUAUGAUACUCGUGGUCAAGUCAAUCCCAGCAGUGAAUUUGACGAGAACAUGUCGACAGAUCUACCAAGAGCUUGGCACAACAUUGACGUCCGAUCUCAAAGCCCUACACGCUGAACCGGCGCGAUUGAUAAUUGACCCAGCGACGAGAGACACCAAGUUUACCUGGGAGUCCACAUUUAUCAACAAGAUUGUGACGACUGGUUUCGACAUAAAUACGGUCUCUCAAGCUAUGAGUGAUCCUCGACUGCGGAAUUGGUUACUCAAGAUCAAGCAACACCAGGAUGUUUAUCUGCACAAUUUGCGAGCCGAUAACACCACCUUAAAUUCACGAUUUAUCACACACGAGCUCCCACCCGCUAGAUCCCCAUACAUCAACCUUCGAUUGAUGGGCGUGCCCAAUGAUCCCUAUUCCGGUUGGGCUGAAGUCUGGACGUUCCUCGCAUUGAUCGAUCUCAAUGAACCGUUCAACUUCAAUACGCUCAAUCGAAUGAUAUAUGGUCGCCUCCAUCGUCUCUGGUUAUUCACACCCGGGGAAUGGAUCAGGAAUAACAUCAAAAAAGAUAUAACAGAAAGAGUUCUUGCGGAGACACGCUGGGGCAAGCAUGAGGAGGACUUUGAGGACAAGCAUUUGCUGUUUAUAAAAGAUGCGGUCACAGAUGAGGAGUGGGUUUCGAAUUGGGAGGAUGACAAGCAUAAAGACAGGGAUGAAGUGCGUAGCAUGCGUGCGGUGCUUGGAAAACCAGAAACUUAGUCGACAAGCACUUUUUGCGAGUGGAUUCACAGUCCUCCA